GUGGCGCUGCAGUCCCGGUGAGAUGCAGAUGAACUGCAGAAGCAAAAAUCUGCUCUUAUCCUUACAGUCCACACCACAGCGCGAUGGCCGCAACAGUGGAUGCGGACUACUAAAUAAUUGUUUCAAUUAUUUAACUACCUCACACAGCGCUUGGAUUGCGCCUGUUGCCGCUGAGAAGAACACUGCAAGUGGUGGGCUAAGACGACUCUCCAGCUCAGACCAACUGUGACCCGGGUACCAGGAAGAAGUUAAGCUACCAGGCUGUAUGGCUGAACCGGAGCUUCUGUUGGACUCCAAUAUACGACUUUGGGUGGUGUUGCCCAUUGUCUUCAUCACCUUUCUUGUUGGGGUGAUUCGUCAUUAUGUAUCCAUUCUUCUUCAGAGUGACAAGAAGUUGACGUUAGAACAGGUUUCCGACAGCCAGGUUCUUAUUCGGAGCAGAAUACUCAGAGAAAAUGGAAAAUACAUUCCCAAACAGUCUUUUUUAAUGAGGAAAUUCUACUUCAAUAAUCAAGAAGAUGGAUUUUUCAAGAAGACCAAAAGAAAGGUUGUUCCACCCUCUCCGAUGACCGAUCCCAGCAUGCUGACAGACAUGAUGAAAGGAAAUGUAACCAAUGUGCUUCCCAUGAUCCUCAUUGGAGGGUGGAUCAACUGGACCUUUUCAGGAUUUGUAACAACUAAGGUUCCCUUCCCUCUCACUCUGCGCUUCAAGCCCAUGCUGCAGCAGGGAAUAGAGCUACUCUCACUGGAUGCCUCCUGGGUGAGCUCAGCGUCCUGGUAUUUCCUCAAUGUCUUUGGACUUCGAAGCAUGUACUCAUUAAUUCUGGGUCAAGAUAACGGUGCAGAUCAGUCGAGGAUCAUGCAGGAGCAGAUGAGCGGUGCUGCAAUGGCCAUGCCUGCAGACACAAAUAAAGCUUUCAAGGCUGAGUGGGAGGCACUGGAGCUGACCGAUCAUCAGUGGGCACUGGAGAGUGUAGAGGAGGAUCUGAUGAGCAGAGAGCUGGACUUUGAUGGCAUGUUUAGCAAGGAACUUCCCAGUGGUAUCUUCUGAUGGCCUGGUCACUUCUACAUGAAGACUUCAGUUUGAAUUUUGGUCAUUGCAGGGAUUUGUUUUUGGUUAAAACCACAGAGAUGGGACAAAUCGCUUCAUGUUAUGCAAAGUUUACAUUCACUUACUUGUGGUCUUUGUCUUUUCACAUGUAAUACCUUUUCCAUUCCUGUCUAUAAAAUAUCUGAAAUGACUUAAAAUAGGCUGGUUUUUGCUGCUGUCUCUUUAGAAGGAAUUGCUUUGUUAUCUUACCUUUUAGACAUGCAGCGGUUUGGAAGAUAUUAAGUGGCUUUUUGCUUGUUGAAAUGCAUUGUUGUUAUUAUUAGUAUUAUUAUUAUUAGCUUUCAAUUGUAUGCCAUCAUAAUGCCAUUAGGUAAUAGAAUGUGAACUACCUACUGCUACUUUUCUUGUUAUGUCAUGCAGAGCCACACUAGCUGUCUCAUUUUUCAUAUUUAUCUUUCAUCAUGCUUAAAUAACAAUACACUACUGUUUGUUUGGUUUUUUUUUUUACAGGUCUGAAUUAUGUUUAUUUAAUUAUUCUUUAACAAUCUUUAACCACUCCUUCACAGAUAAUAGAUCAACUGUUCAGUGUCAACUGCCUUAUGUAGAAAACAGACCCAGAACUGAUUAGCUGUCGGCAGAGGAUAUGUUUUUGUGUUUGAAAUAUUGUGUUUUUGAAGUAUGUAGACAGUUUAUUUUGUAAUGUAACUCCCCUGUGUUUUGUACAGCAUAAAGCCUGUUUUGACUAAA